AUGUCAUUAGCAGACGCACUAUUAGCAGAUCUAGAUGGUCUGUCGGAUGGAGAGGGCUCCCGCUCGCCCUCCCCACAGCCCCAGGCGGGCUCGAGCAAAGGCGCCAUGCUCCCGCCUCCACUUCCAACGGGGACCAAGCGCCCCGCCGCCGAGAUGGAGGAUGAUGAUGAGGAUAUGGAGGACGGUCCCGCGCCUGGAUUCGUGCCAGAGGGAGGGGUUCGUCCGGCGGAUGAGCUCGACGCGGACGAGGUGGCGCAGGUGGAUUUGUCGGACGUGACGGAUGUAGGCAAGGUGGCCAAGUUACACACGGGUCGGCGACUGAAGGAGGUUCUCGAGGGCAUCUCCCAAUACACAUCCUCUCCCUCCGACAUGUCGCUCUCGUCUGGCCCUCUGGAAGAGAACCCGGAAUACCACCUCGUCGUCUCGGCCAACAACAUGUCGGUCGAGGUGGAUAAUGAAAUCCUCCUCGUCCACAAAUUCAUUCGGGACCACUACGCCCCUCGUUUCCCGGAGCUCGAGCAGCUCAUCUCUGAUCCUUGGAUCUACAUCUCGGCCGUCCGCGCGAUCGCCAAUACCGACGAUAUCACCAAAUGCCCCAUGCCACCUACCCUCCCCGCGGCCACUAUCCUCUCCAUCAACCUCACCGCAACCGUCUCGCGCGGCCGGAAACUCACAGACGGGCAGUGGGUGACGGUCGAGCGCGCGCUGGUCGUAGCGGAGGAUCUGCGCAAGGCGAGGGAGCAGAUCUUUGCGUACGUCGAGUCGAGGAUGGCUGCGGUCGCCCCAAACCUGUCGGCUUUGGUGGGUACCAAUAUCGCCGCCAAGCUACUCGGUCUCGCCGGCGGACUUCACGCCCUGUCGCGUCAACCCUCCUGCAAUAUCAUGCUGUUUGGGGCGCUCAAGAAAUCCCUCGCAUCCUCCCACAUGUCCGCGGCGAGCCAGCAGCGGCACACCGGCUUCAUCUUUCAAUCCAACCUCGUCCAGUCGGCUCAGCCGGAAGAUCGUCGGAAAGCCCAGCGGGGCGUCUCGGCCAAGGUCGCAUUGGCGGCUCGGAUCGACGCGGGCAAGGGAUCGCGGGACGGCGCGUACGGUCGUCAGCUCUCGGCGGAGCUCAACAAAAAAAUUGCGCGCAUGGCCGAACCCCCACCCAACAAAAUCUCCAAAGCCCUUCCUAUACCCCAAGAGACCAAUCGCAAGAAGCGAGGCGGGAAGCGGGCGCGAAAGCAAAAGGAGGCGUAUGCGCAGACCGAGUUGCGGAAAUUGCAAAAUAGGAUCGAGUUUGGAAAGGCGGAGGACGAGACGGGGAUGGAUGAUGAGACGGUCGGAUUGGGCAUGAUUGGGAGUAGCUCAGGCAGGGUGAGAGGGGAUCAGGUCGAUGCGAGGUCCAAGGCCAAACUAUCACGGGCCAACAAGAUCCGGACGCAAUUGCUGGGCAAGGCACUCUCGUCGAAUGAUGCCGCGUCGGGAACGUCUACAUCGCUCUCCUUCACCCCCGUCCAAGGCAUCGAGAUCGUCACGCCGUCUCUGUCGGCGGCGCAGCGCGUGCAGGCGGCGAACGAGCGGUGGUUUGCCGGUGGAACGUUCACGCAUGUCAAGAAGGGCGGUGGGCUGCCGGGGCAGGAGGGAAAGUAG